GAACGCGAGCCGGUUUGCGAUUGAGCCCGCAAGUAAUUCACCACUCGGGGCUUAGAAGCGGAGAUGCGGCUUCUCAUUGAGAAGAAGGCGUACGAACUGCUGCGUCUCUUUUCCAGGGAAAGUGAAGCAUGAUAAACAAUUAAGGCUACUCAUCUUGCCAUCCUCAGCUUGGACCCAAGUGGACAACAAACAUAUCUUCACUGCUGGCUACAACAUGGCUACCGAUCUUUUGCCAUUCAGCUACAAAAGAAAACUCAGGACUCUGAACUCCAGUGCUCAAUCCCCCUAAGGAGCAUGCUGUGGGCUGAGGCAACUCUGGGAUGAUGAGGUGCAUGGGUGGCCUGGCUCAGAGGGCCUGGCUCAGCAUGGUGUUCCAGAAUCGCAGAGUCCAGCUUUUGCUGAUCAACUCCUUGACUUUUGGCUUGGAGGUCUGUCUUGCUGCAGGUGUCACAUAUGUGCCACCCCUCUUGUUGGAAGUAGGAGUGGAAGAGAAGUUUAUGACAAUGGUUCUGGGAAUUGGACCAGUUCUGGGUCUAGUGUUUGUACCAUUGCUUGGCUCUGCCAGUGACCAUUGGCAUAGUAGCUAUGGUCGUCGAAGGCCUUUCAUCUGGAUCCUAUGCCUAGGUGUUUUCCUGAGCCUUUUCAUCAUUCCACAUGCUCACCGUCUGGCCAGACUUGUUGCCUUGGAUGCCCGUGCACUGGAGCUGGCUUUCCUUAUCAUGGGGGUUGGCCUUCUUGACUUCUGCGGCCAGGUCUGCUUCACCCCCUUGGAAGCUCUGCUGUCUGACCUGUUCCAAGAGCCUGACAGCUGCCGACAGGCCUUCUCUGUUUACUCUUUCAUGGUUAGCCUGGGAGGCUGUGUUGGAUACUUGCUCCCAGCUAUUGACUGGGACAGCAGCUUCCUUGCUCCUUAUUUAGGGGGUCAGGAGGAAUGCCUCUUCAGCCUCCUCACCAUCAUCUUCCUCGGCUGUGUCUUAUCAACUGUCUUUGUGACCGAGGAGGUAUCAGCUCAAGUAGAGCUCAGCUCAGGCCCUACAGGAAAGUCUUCUUCCAAGUCCCCAUCAUUUGCCUGCUGUUGCUUCUGGCUUCCAAAGAACUUUUUAAGGACCAGGCAUCUGGUUCAGGCCUUUAGGAAUCUUUGUGCCUUGGCCCCACGCCUGCACGGCGUGUGCUGUCGUAUUCCCAAGGUAAUCCAAAAACUUUUUGUGGCGGAAUUCUGCAGCUGGAUGGCCCUCAUGACAUUCAUGUUGUUCUACACAGACUUUGUUGGGGAAGGAUUAUACCAAGGUAUUCCCAGGGCUGAACCUGGGACACAGGCCAGGAGAAAUUAUGAUGAAGGAAUUCGGAUGGGUAGCCUAGGCCUCUUUCUCCAGUGUAUCAUCUCCAUUUUCUUCUCAACAAUCAUGGAUCGGAUGGUGAAACACUUUGGGACACGAAUGGUCUACUUAGCCAGUGUGGCUUUAUUUCCAUUAACAGCCUUCAUCAUGUGCUUCUCUCAAAGUGUUGUCAUUGUCACUGUUUCUGCUGCCUUGACUGGCUUCCCUUUCUCAGUGCUUCAGAUCAUUCCAUACACACUUGCAUCACUUUAUCAUCAUGAAAAACAGAUAUAUUUGCCUAAGUAUAAAAGUAAAGAGAAUGCAGCUCAAUCAGAAAAGAAACUGGGGUUCCUCAAAAACCACCUUUCUACGCAGAAGCUGACCUACCAGAAUGGACACAGUGGUGGCCUGUAUUCUCCCCCUGUUGCUGGCUCUUCCCUCUGUGUCAGCUCACCAUGUGAAGUUUCGCUCAUGAUGAUGGUGGGAGAUUCAGAUACUGCAGCGGCGAGCCGAGGCAUCUGUUCAGAUCUGGCCAUCUUGGACAGUGCGUUUCUUCUUUCCCAGGUUAUCCCGUCCCUUCUUAUGGGUUCACUGGUUCAGUUCACACAGUCGGUCACCACUUAUAUGGCAUCGGCUACCGGCUUUGGGUUGGUAGCCAUUUACUUUGCAACCAAAGUUAUUUUUGACAAAAGUGAUAUGGCUAAGUAUUCAGUGUAGAAGGAGAAAAGUAGAGGAAAAAUUAAAGACAUACUAGGGAAGAGUCAGGAGUGCAGAUACAGCCUUUCUCUCCUUCUCUGUUCAAUGAUAUGUACAAAAUAUUUGACUGAAGGAAAAUAACUGGGUUGAUCUCAGGGUGUCUUAACAAAAAGUGUGGUAUUGGGCUGCCUCUUUUUUACCCAAUGCCUUCAGUAAAAAUCUGUGCCCAAUCUUUGGCUCAGGCUCACAAGAGCCAUUUGAACACUUCCUUUAGUUGUGCAGGUGGAAGAUGACAAAGUGCAGAAGGGACCAAAGAUAGUUCAAAAAUGCAAUGAACCUCCGCUUCUUAUUUACUUUCUGUAUUGAAAUGUUGUUGGUCAGCUUUUGUACUGAGAUACAGGUCCUCACAACUUGCCAUGAGCCAGAAAUCAUAUGGAAGAAUGUGAUAUGGAAUGUUAAUGUUUUCGAAAAUAUGUCAGAAUAAUACACUCCCUUCAUUUUUCUGGAUAUGUUGCAGGUCAAAGUCUAGGUGGUAUAAAUAAUCUGAGCAGAGCUACAUAGAAGGGAGCUUGUUUAAGAGAAGAUGCUGUGGUUACACUGGCAGAAACUCUACCACUGCAUGAAGGAAAUGAAACCUUAGUUGUCAGCUGACCCUUUCCCCCACAUCUGCCCAAAACAGAGCUUGCAGUUAAUGUAAAUAGAAAGACUUGCAUAAACAGAGACUGAAGAACAUGUGUCUCUGGGGAAUUGCCUUUAAGUGACUGACUGGCCCAAACAAACUACAGUGCCUUCUACUGUGUGCAAUCCUAAAAAGAAGGCUUAGAUUAGAGUAAAAACAUUUGGGUGUAGGCUGCUAUUUCGACUAAGGAGAUGUGUGGUCAUCUAAAUUUCUGGGGAAGGACUGCAUAGAAAAGGAACUAUGUUCCUACGUACCACAAGGCAGGCACCAAACUGAAUUUUUCACUGUGUAAUCCAUUCUUUCUGCCACCCAUAUAGAGCCUAGGCAUUUCUCGGGCUAGAAAAGUACUGCCCUUUUUUAAGCGCACACACACAAACUUACACACCACACCCCAACUGUUUUUAAUAAGCCAUUUAACUGGCAUUGGUUCAGUCAGCAGCAGGCAGGACAGCUUUUCCUGGCUAGGACAAACACAUAUCGAGUACAAGAGUUCAGGAUGUAUAGAACAAUAUGUCCAUAAGGUCAAGGUCAACUCUCUUUUUCCAAGGUAGGAUCCUCUUUCCAUGGGUUUCAAUUAACAUUGAAAAGACUGUAUUGAUAAAUUAGAACAAUUGGUAAAUUAGAUAUGGCAAUAGUUAUUAAGUAUAUAGGGAUUGCUGGAAGCCUUAGGAUUCUAGAAUCUGGGAGGGGAAAGAGGAGUGUCUUCUAUAUUCUUCCCCCCAAAAAAGCGUCACUAAAGCUGGAAUUUGUAUUUCAAGCAAAACUUCCAUUGAUGGUCUUUUCUUGGAAUGUAGAUAACCACUAUGAUGAGAUGAUCUUUUGGGCUUGAGAGAGUGUAAGGUGGGUGUUUAUUUUGUAUCUAUUUGAUAUAAACUUCAGUUGAUCAUUUCUAAUCUGACCCAUUUUGCAGUUUGAACUGUGAGAUAAUUGUGGAGACAAUCAUGUGGUCCUUUAAGCCUAUGCCGAUGGGUUAGCUUUAGUGUGCUGCAGUCUUGCAAAUUAUCACAAUGUUAACCAGACUCUAGCAUGCCACAAAAACCCAUUAAGGAACUGCUAGAUGAAUUUGAGCCGAAGACCCCUGUAGAAAAAAUAUUUUUGUUCAAAUGGAUGAAUCAUACUAUUGUUAAAUGCCUCAGGCAAUUUUAACUAGUCCAAAUUCUUAGCUUAAAGAAACCAGUCUGUUAAAUCCUGUAAAAGUUGACAUUUAUCCACAAAGUCUCCUGUUACAUACUCAUGUAAUUUAAUAUUCUGAGUGGAAGGAGUAGAGUUUUAAAAUAAAAAUAAGGGCAAAAUGUCAGAACUGGAAUAGGGGAAGAUGUAAAUUGAAGCAUAAAGAGCAAAAAACAAAAU